AUGUAUUCUUUCCAUUCUAAUACAGUUCGCAAAUUUCGAAAAGAACAACUUGAACCAAGAACAAGAGAAUUUGAAGAGGCUAGAGAUUUUCCACCAGACAUUGUCAAACAAUUAUUCGAUCAAGGGUGGCUAGGGAUUCGAGUUCCUACCCAGUAUGACGGUCCAGGAGCGGAUUUUUUUUCUGCUGUCGUGGUCAUCGAGGAGAUUUCCAAAACGGACCCCGCUCUGGGUGCUGCGGUUGAUCUACAGAAUACAUUAAUUGCUGGCGUCGUACUUGAUUAUGGUAGUGAAGAACAAAAAAAGAAGUAUCUGUCCAAAUUCGCAAAUUCUAUGUUUGGUAGCUUUUGCCUAUCUGAAGAAGGAUCUGGUAGUGACGCUUUUGCAAUGAAAACCACAGCUUUGCGUAGUGGAGAUCACUAUAUUAUCAAUGGAAAUAAACUGUGGAUCACCAGUGCUCAUAUGGCGGGCGCAUUCUUAGUUAUGGCUAACGCUGCACCGGAAGAGGGCUAUAAAGGGAUCACUUGCUUCAUUGUCGAUGCAGAUACUCCUGGUGUUAGUGUUCCUAGAAGAGAAGAGAAGCUUGGUCAACACGCCGUUUCAAAUUGUCCCGUAACAUUCGAAAACGUUAAGGUUCCUGCUAGCAAUAUCGUGGGAGAGAUCGGUUCAGGAUAUAAGAUAAUUGCAUCCACCUUAAAUGAAGGAAGAAUUGGAGUUGCAGCUCAAAUGGUGGGUGCUGCUCAAGGCAUUCUUGAUCAUGUAAUUCCAUACACAAUGGAAAGAAAACAAUUUGGCAAACGGCUAUUUGAUUUCCAGGCAAUGCAGCAUCAGAUAGCCGAAGCAACUGUCCAAGUAGAAGCUGCUCGUUUGCUAGCUUAUAACGCAGCUAGAUUACACGAGUGUAAUAUGCCUUACGUAAAAGAAGCUGCUAUGGCUAAAUAUUAUUCUACUGAGAUGGCUUGUCAGAUAGGUCUAAAAGGUAUUAAAUGGAUGGGUGCAUUGGGAUAUAUGAAAGACUUUCCUAUCGAGAAAUUCUUAAGAGAUAUCAUCCCAGGAACAAUCUACGAAGGUGCCAGUAAUGUAAUGUUAAAUACUAUUGCGGGUCGCGUUGCAAAAGAAUAUCAGUAA